AUGGAUUUAUCUCUGUACUGCCAAAGCAACCUUCUUCAUACACAGGAGUCAUUGUUAAAAUAUCAACCUGGAGGAUACCAUCCCGUCAACCUUGGAGAUACAUUUAAAAAUGAUCGUUACAAGAUACAUCACAAGUUAGGAUGGGGUGGCUUUUCCACGAGAGUCAGUUUGUCCCGCACCACUUUAUCAUUUCUAGCUAAUCUCACACCAGCCGAAAUCAAUGGGUCUCCUUGA